UCUGCUGCCAGCGCCAAGAGCGUCUUGGUGGAAGCCGUGCUCGCCUACCCCUACAACUGGAGCGCUUGGUUGGAUCUUGCCGAGGUCCUCUGCGACGAGAAACAGCACCAGCAACGUCCGGAGGAGGGGGCGGGCGAGGGGCAAGUCGGAGGCGCCCCUGCGUGGAGGGGAGGAGAGGAGGGGGGAUGGGGGUGCAGGGGGGGCAAAGAGGGGAAAGAGGGGAGGGCUUCUUCUCGGAGCAAGUACAAGGACGCUUGUCCGCCUUGUGGAUGUACGAUUUCUUCCAGGCCCACCUGCUGCUCGAGCAACACCAGAGCGAGCACGCCCUCUUUCUCCUUCGCCGUCUUCUCCACGUGUUUCCGACCUCCUCUUACCUCAAGGUUUGGCGCCUACCAUCCCUGCGUGCUUUUGUCCACGUGCCUAAUCGACCCUCUCUCCCUCCUUCCUUUCCUUCCUCCUUCCCCCUCUCUCUUCCUCCCACAGGCCCAAUGUGCCAUCGCCCGCUACAAUCUUCGAGAUUUCGAGGAAGCCCAGGAAGGCUUCCGGGCGCUUCAAGAGCAAGACCCUUACCGACUGGAAAACUUAGAAAGGUAUUCCGACGUCCUCUACGUGAAGGAAAGCCGGGCGGAACUCUCUCAACUGGCCCAUAUAGCUGCGCGCAACGACAAAUAUCGACCUGAGACCUGUUGCAUCAUCGGCAACUACUACUCUUUAAAGGGUCAACAUGAGCGUGCUGUCUUAUACUUCCAAAGAGCCCUUAGACUGAACCGAAAGUUCCUGUUUGCCUGGACACUCAUGGGCCACGGUUUCCUUGAGAUGAAGAACACGGGGGCGGCUAUUGAGGCGUAUCGCCGGGCCGUGGACAUCAACCCCCGCGAUUAUCGGGCGUGGUACGGGCUAGGUCAAACGUACGAGCUCCUGCAAAUGUACCUUUAUGCCAUAUAUUACUACCGAAAAGCGGCGACCCUCCGUCCUUUCGAUGCGCGCAUGUGGUGUGCUCUC